UCAGCACCGACAAUUUUUUUAUAUUUGAUUUCUACAGCGGGCAGUUUUGUUUUUUUAUUUUGUAAAAACUGCAGAUGGUUAAAGGUAUUCCAGUACCUUGUUGAAUCGAACAAGACCUAAAGAUGUUGAGAGCUGGUUUUCAAAAAUUGCACACAGUUGCUUUGAACCGUUCUGUUCAAGGUGUCACUUCAAAAACUGUUAUUGCCACAAGUACAAGGACACAGAGCACAGAUAAUCGUAUUGAAGUAUUUGUUAACGACCAAUCUGUGUGGGUGGAACCAGGUAGUACAGUGUUGCAAGCUUGUGAAAUAGCUGGGAUUCAAAUUCCAAGGUUUUGUUAUCAUGAUCGUCUGUCAGUCGCUGGAAACUGCAGAAUGUGUCUGGUGGAGAUUGAAAAAUCACCUAAGCCUCAAGCCUCAUGUGCAAUGCCGGUAAUGAAAGGAAUGAGAAUUAAGCCAGACUCUGAUGUUUCCAAGAAAGCAAGGGAAGGGGUGAUGGAGUUUUUGCUUGCUAACCAUCCACUUGAUUGCCCAAUAUGUGAUCAAGGUGGUGAAUGCGACUUGCAGGAUCAAUCAAUGAUGUUUGGUUCAGAUAGAAGCCGAUUCCUCGAGUCGAAAAGAGCAGUUGAGGAUAAAAACAUCGGACCUCUGAUUAAAACAAUUAUGACCAGGUGUAUUCAAUGCACAAGAUGUGUCAGAUUUGCUGAUGAGAUAGCUGGUGUUUCCGACCUAGGUACGACAGGUCGUGGCAACGAUAUGCAGAUUGGAACUUAUGUUGAAAAGAUGUUUACCUCCGAACUUUCUGGAAAUGUAAUUGACAUCUGCCCAGUUGGUGCCCUCACUGCUAAACCAUCAGCAUUCACUGCAAGACCAUGGGAGACCAGAAAAACAGAGUCCGUUGAUGUCCUUGAUGCUGUUGGAAGUAACAUUGUUGUUUCAACACGAACUGGAGAUGUGCUGAGAAUUCUACCAAGACUUAAUGAAGAAAUUAACGAGGAAUGGAUAUCUGAUAAGACAAGAUUUGCGUAUGAUGGUUUAAAACGACAGCGAUUAACGCAGCCCAUGAUAAGAGAUGGUGAAGGCAAACUAAGCACGUGUUUGUGGGUGGAUGCUUUGCCUCUUGUUGCAGAAAAGCUGAUGUCGACAUCUCCUGAAAAAAUCUCAGCUUUGGUUGGAGGUUUUGCUGACGCUGAAACACUUGUGUGCCUCAAAGAUCUGCUUAAUAGAGUGGAUAGUGAAGGACUAUGUACAGAGGAAUUGUUUGUAGCAGAUGGAUCUGGCACGGACCUUCGAUCAAACUAUUUACUGAACACGAGAAUCUCUGGUGUAGAAGAAGCUGAUCUUAUUCUCUUGAUUGGAACAAACCCGAGAUAUGAAGCUCCCAUGUUCAACGCUCGUAUUCGAAAAGCAUGGAUUCACAAUGAAGUAAGCGUUGCUGUUGUUGGAAGUAAAGUCGAUCUCACUUAUUCGUAUGAACAUCUUGGGGACUCUAUUCAAACAUUAAAACAAUUAUCUGACGGCACUCAUCCAUUUUCAGCUAAACUGAAAGCGGCAAAAAAUCCCAUUGUAGUUGUUGGUAGUGAAGUGUUUAGCAGACAGGAUGGGGGUGGUGUUCACGCUGCUGUAUCAACCAUUGCACAAAAAGCAAGAAUCUCAUCAGCAGCAAACAGGGGUGGGACAGAUGAUUGGAAAGUAUUGAAUGUUUUGCAAAAGGUUGCUAGUCAAGUGGCUGCAUUAGAUCUCGGGUACAAAGCAGGUGCGGAUCAUAUCCGGAGCAAUCCUCCAUCUCUCCUCUUCCUCCUAGGAGCAGAUGGAGGAGUGGUGGAUCGCCAAAAUCUUCCAAAGGAUUGUUUUGUUGUCUAUAUUGGAACACACGGUGAUGUUUCUGCUCCAUUUGCCGACGUCAUUCUACCAUCAGCGGCUUACACGGAAAAAUCAGCCACAUAUGUGAACACAGAGGGCAGAGCUCAACAAUCUCAGGCUGCAGUUUCUCCACCAGGAAGCGCUAGAGAGGACUGGAAGAUAAUCCGUGCUUUAUCGGAAGUUGCCGGGGUUACUUUGCCGUAUGACGACCUUGAUUCAAUGAGGUCGCGUAUGGGUGAGAUCGCCCCGAAUUUAACCCGCUAUAAUUCAGUUGAAGGUGCUAAUUAUUUCAAACAGGCUCAUGAACUCGCUAAGCUGGCAAAGCCAAAACUGUUGGACGCACCACUUUCAUCAUCUCAACUUGUGCUUGCUGACUUUUAUAUGACAGAUUCGAUUACAAGAGCAUCAAAAACAAUGGCAAAAUGUGUGAAAGCUGCAUCAGAAGGACUGUCACCAGAUCUAUAAAUUGAAUAAUAUGUAAAAUUGUGGCCAUUCAAAAGUUUGUAUUUAUUUUUUUGUCCUUGAACAGAGUACCAUUGGUUAUUUGUGGUGUGUCCUUGAAAAAGUUCUGAAAAUAAAUAUUUAUAUCUGAA